AUGGCUUCCCGUUCGCUAUGGGCGCGCGCACGAGGGAGCUUCCUCGGUGACACCACGCUCCGCCUGCUCGGGCUCGCGACCUGGAUCCCGGUCGUUAUUACUUUCAACGACCAUGUUGCGACCAUCACGAGCAUUAGCGGCGGCUCCAUGUACCCCUACUACAACGAGGAUCGCAAUAAGACGACUGCAAACGACAUGGUUCUUAAUUGGAGGUGGAAACCCUCCGCCGGGCUCCAGAGAGGCAUGAUUAUCACGUUUAGGAGCCCUUUUCAUCCGGAAACUGUAGCGAUCAAGAGAGUCAUCGCGCUGGAAGGCGAAUAUGUCACAACGAGAGCAGGGUACCCGGAAAAAGUAGUCAGGGUACCGCAAGGCCACAUCUGGGUGGAAGGCGAUGGGCCGCAAGAUCAAACCCUGGACAGCAAUACGUACGGUCCGAUAUCCAUGGCAUUGGUGACGGGCAAAUGCGUAUGGAAUAUUUGGCCCUGGCGCAAGUUUGGCCGCGUGAGAUGGGAAGAACAUAAGUUCAAGGAAAGAUACUGA